UUUUCCGCCUCUUAAUGUCUUAUUUCUCCUCCUUUUUUAACACUUUGUCAAACUCCAACGUCUCUUCUAGUCUUCUUUUGCUUACUUGUAUAUAAACCAAAACCACUGCAUAACCCCACUAAAUUUCUUCAACAAUCUUUGCAUAUUCUCACCCCUCCUUCUGCUCAAAUCUUGACUUGGGUAUCUUUGUUCUUCAUCAAUGGAGGCAAAAAUGUUGACUUCUAACCCUCAAAAUCAAGCUUAUUUUGGGAGUAACCCUGCAAAAUUAAGGAACCCCUUUAAUCUUCUGCCUUUUCAAACUGGGAAAAAUUGCAGCUUCAGCUUUUGCAGAAGAGCAAGUUCAUCAAUGAAGGUCAUUCAAUCUGCAAAUGGUUCUUCAAUUAUUGCUGGUGUGCAGUCUAAGACAAGAGUUGAUGAGAGUGAAAGCUUGACCCUGGAUGGUAUUCGGAACUCCUUGAUUCGGCAGGAAGAUAGUAUAAUUUUCGGUCUUCUUGAGAGAUCACAGUUCUGUUACAAUGCAGACACAUAUGACCCUGAUGCAUUCCCUUUGCAUGGUUUUCAUGGGUCUUUGAUUGAGUUCAUGCUCAAGGAAACUGAAAAACUUCAUGCUAAGAUGGGAAGAUAUAAGAGUCCGGAUGAGCAUCCUUUUUUCCCUGAUGAUUUACCUGAACCCCUAUUGCCACCUCUGCAAUACCCUCAGGUUCUCCAUCCUUACGCUGAUUCAAUCAAUAUAAACAAAAUAAUUUGGGAUAUGUACUUCAAAGAACUUCUGCCAAGACUUGUUAAGGAUGGAGAUGACGGAAACUGUGGCUCUUCCGCUACCUGCGACACAAUAUGCUUACAGGCACUUUCUAAAAGAAUGCAUUAUGGCAAGUACGUGGCAGAGGCAAAGUUUCGAGCUUCACCUGAUAUCUACACAGCUGCUAUUGUAGCACAAGACAAGGAACAAUUGAUGAAUUUACUGACGUAUGAGGCAGUGGAACUUGCCGUACAGAAAAGAGUUGAAAUGAAAGCCAAAACCUUUGGACUCGAGGUGCCGGUCAACCCAGAUGCUAUCGAUGACGAGUCUUGCCCUGCUUACAAAAUCAAACCCAGCUUGGUUGCCAAUCUAUAUGGGAAAUGGAUUAUGCCUCUAACAAAGGAUGUUCAAGUUGAGUACUUAUUGAGAAGGUUGGAUUGAACUUAAUUAUUUUCCUAAUGUGAUGAGAUUUUUAAGAAGGAACUGAUUCAUGUUUUUGUUGUUUGUAUGAAUUUGAACCAUGCAUAAUUUGAUGGGCAUGAUUGUGCGAAAUUAGGUCUAAUGUAUAGCUUGUAGCUUGUAUAGCCCAUGUUAUCUUUUCCUUUAUGACGAACAUCAUUUGGUUUUGCAUAUUUAUAAUAGCCUCGGUUUACCUCCUGUGCAUUAA